AUGAGGCUAGAGAUGAUACGCAAUAGAAGGAACGCGGUGCAGAAAUUUCUCAAGAAAGACAUUGCCGACCUUCUUAGGAGUGCCCUUGAUUACAAUGCAUAUGAAAGGGCCGAAGGGCUUCUCCUCGAGCAAGAGAUGAUAUGUUGCUAUGAACUUAUAGGAAAAUUUGUUACUUGCAUGUCGUCGGAUCAUAUUCGAAACCUUUGCAAGCAGAGGGAUUGCCCCGUUGAAUGCAAAGAAGCUAUACAGUCGUUGAUACAUGCUGCAGCAAGAUUUUCUGAUCUUCCGGAACUACGCGAGCUAAGAACGUUGUUCACAGGGAAAUUUGGGAAUUCUCUUGAACUUUACAUAAGUAAAGAGUUUGUUGAAAAGUUGAGGCAAGAUCUUCCUUCGAAAGAAAUGAAGAUCCAACUGUUGCAUGAUGUAGCGCAAGAGUUCUCUAUUGAAUGGAACAGCAAGGCUUUGGAGCAGAGACUUCAGUCACCGCCUCAGUUACAUGAAGUAAAGAGGAUUUCAAUUUGAGAUUGAAUUCACUCAAAGAAUGAGGGGAUGAUGAGGACCAAACAAGGAUCAUGAAUCAAGCACUACAAGGACUUGUUCGAAGUAUGAGAAGGGAACAUGUUUGGUGUUUAUUAAAUAAAGUUGUAACAAAAUAUUUGGGCUGCACUACUUUGUUUUAGCACAUAGGCAAAAAAAAUAGUUAUUUUCUUUGUUUUAUAUUGUGUGGAUUGUAUUAGAAUAAUACUUAAA